GCUCCCCUAGCGGCACACAAGUCAACUGCAAGACUAUAAACAAACUGCUUCUAUCAAUGUUAUUCAUGUUAUCAACACACAGUUAUCAAUCUUUGAAAAUUCUUGUUUUAAGUAUAGUAAAAAUCGUGUUUGCCCUGCCCGGUUGAAUAUUACAACUGUACUAUGGACCCCAUCGAGUACAAAAUCCUGCACGAGCGCGCCAUGCAGAACAACAACGGCACAUCGGCGCUCAAUGUUUUCCUGCACAUCGUUCCGUCGUUUUUCACUAGCUUCCACACAAUUCAACUGAUGUCUGUGACGGCGGUCACGCAAAUCCCGGUCCGCUUUUUGCUGGAGUUCUGCCUAAUUGUGCUGCCAUUCGUGCUGAUGGUCACCGUUCUAAGCGAACUGGUUAGUAACAUCACUCUGGCGUUGCUGGUGAUUAGCGGUCUGUCGGCUCUCCAGCAAGUGCGGAACAAAAUGCACCUGAUGCCGUUCGUACAAAUACCGGGCAGGAAACCCCAGUUCAUGACUGCGUCCCGGGCACUCAUAAACUUGAUGACGGCGGUGUGUAUUUUAGCGGUAGACUUUCGAAUUUUUCCACGGCAUUUGGCAAAAACAGAGACGUUCGGGUUUGGACUGAUGGAUGUCGGUGUUGGAUUGUACGUGUUCAGUAAUGGGAUCGUUUAUCGAGUUGAUGACGGGCGGAAGCUGAAUUGGUUGCGAGUAAGGAAUGUACUGCUAGGAAGCGUUCCCUUGUUGGUGCUUGGAGCGGCGAGAUUUUUCGUGACGCAAGAAAUCGAUUACCAGCAGCAUGUUUCCGAGUACGGGGUUCAUUGGAACUUUUUCAUCACGCUGGCGAUUGUUAAAAUAUUUGGGACUCUAAUUAUGGACGUGAUUCGGGAUCCUGAGAUUGCUAAGUUCAUCGCAAUAACCGUCCUUUGCGGACACGAGAUGAUGCUUCACCUGGGUGUCUCUCGGUAUGUGCUGAGUGAGAAAACUGGAAGGUCAAAUUUUCUGGAUGCCAAUCGCGAGGGGCUAGCGUCUAUACCGGGAUACGUUGCGCUGUAUUUGGCUUCUACAUACGUGGGCUCGGUGAUGAGACCUUCGGUGGAAAUUCAACCAGCAAAGAAGUUCCUGCGUCAGGCUACCAAACUGAGCGUAAUUGCGGGCGUGUGUUGGAAAAUGAUUUACGUGUGCGAGGAUAUGUUCGGCGUCUCCCGGCGGUUGGCCAACAUGGGCUACGUGUUUUGGAUUCUGUCGAUCGGUACCACCAUGUGUGCGCUGUUCAUGUUCUGCGAAGUGUUUAUCUACUUUGUGCGCUUUGAGGAACCAAAAUCGCCGGAUCAGAUUAUGAAGGGAGACGAUUUCUGCAUUUGCUACAUUCCACUGAUAUUUGAAUCGAUUAACGGAAACGGACUGGUGUUUUUUCUCAGUGCCAAUUUGCUGACAGGUCUUAUUAACAUGGUUUUUCAAACGUUGCUAAUGGAAGCACCCGCGGCACUCAUCAUUAUCAGCUACUAUAUUUUUAUACUUUGCGUUGUAACUGUUUUCAUGCAAGUUAACAAAAUCAAGCUUAAAAUUUGGUAAGCAAUGGAGGCUUCGCUUUCGCAUCCGUUCUAGUCAUAGAUAAGUCCCCAGCAUAUUGAUAAAGUUAUACUUAUGAGUAGAAUUAUAAAAAAUGUCAUACGCUCACGUACUUAACUGUAACAAUAAACUUUUCAGAAGGUUUAAAGGCAAGAGCACGCUUUAUUGUGCUUUUGAAUAAAUAAUUGUUCACUCGCCUUUAUCUCCAAAAGAUUAAUAUAAUUUGAUGACAUUCUCGGCGAGAACGUACCGUUCAAUGGGGAAAAAGGAAAUUCUUUCAAGGUGCCACCCAUUAGACAAACAAAAUAAUUUGUUCAUACAUUUAACAAUGCUAGUAACAAACUCUGCAUGAUUAGUUACGUCUAUCAAUAAAAUAUAAACUUCGCUUAACAUAUUGCUUUAGAAGCUCAUUAAAAUUUGUUGAGAUGGCCGAAUCAGCAUUCAAAACUUUGGAUUUUAGAUCAAUCGAAACAUUUUAAACUCAAUCUGCGAGUUAUAAAAUAGGUAAAAAUAAUAAGCAGCGAAUAUGAGGCUAAUACCAAACAAAAGAAGAAAACGUUGCGCAACAACACAGAAUGAAAAGUUCUACUGCACCCGGCAGUGAUCUUCGACGUCUUCGGCGAAAUCUUCAGAGCUGAGCGCACACCGCUGGAGCACACUAUUGACCGCCGCUCGUGCCAAAUAACCGGUGGUUUGCGUUUGUGAAAGAGAGAAAAGCGGAGAAAUAUCUUUCGUUGCCGGUAAGCCGUGAUCUUUGCAGUACAUGUUGAAGGAAUCCUCCAACAGAAAAUCUAAAUCUAGAAUCUGAUUGAAUCGCAGCUCCGGAUUACGGCGCAGAAUUGUGGCCACGAUGCAGAGCAACUCAACCGCAAUCUGGCG